AAGAUCUUGAAGCCAAACAGAGCUACAUUCAAAGCUGUUUGAACUCAAACAAGACGUCUGCAACAAUGAAGUUCUUCGCCACCGGUGUUGUCGUCGCUCUCCUAGCCUGCUCUGCGUUUGCCGAGGACGCUGCAAAGAGCAAGGAGAGCAAGAAAGACGAGAAGAAAGACGUUGAAGCCCGUGGAGGCAUCCUGGGUGCAGGAGUCGGACUUGGAGGUGUCGGUGGUGCCUAUGGUGCCGGAGUGGGUUCCAGCAUCGCAGGCACUGGUCUCGGAGGAGCCGGACUCGGUGGAGUUGGAGUGGGCGGCGCCAGUUACGGGGGAGCUGGUCUCGCGGGGGCGGUUCCUGGCGUGAUCGGCAGUGGUCUCGGAGGAGCUGGACUCGGCGGCGUCGGCCUGACUGGGGCUAGUUACGGCGGAUCUGAUCUUACGGGAGGUAGUCUCGGCGGAGCCGGUCUUGGAGGCGCUGGUCUUGGAGGCGCUGGUCUUGGCGGUGUUGGUCUUACUGGAGCCAGUCUUGGAGGCGCUGGGCUCUCUGGCCCGGCCCUCGUGGGACCUGGAACCGCUGGAGCGGGAGCCUUGGAAACCGGAGUUGUUGGCAGCCCAGCUGUCAUCGGCACCGGCCUUGGCCGAGGCGUCCAUGGUGGUUUCCAGUCAGGGUAUGGUUCUUCGGCCGGAGCACACCAGGCCGGAUUUCAAGGGGGAGCGUCCGGUCACAACCAGGGAUCGGGAAGUUUCGCCAGUGGUGCUUCUCAGAGCAGGGUGAACGCGUUCAACAACAAGCAGGGCUACAGCCACAGCUCUGGAUUCUCAGCCAGCGACAGCAAGGCGUUCGGAUCUGGCCACAAGCAGGGCUCAUCCGGUUUCAAGAAUGGAGCAGCUGGGCACCAGUCGGGCUUUGGACAAUCGUCAUACGGAAAGGCUUCGGGAGUCGGCGUUGGUGGUGUGGGCCUACACGGUUGAACAGCACUGUCAUUUGGCUAAAGACCACAAGUUAGCUUCUAUGAAGUUGACUCCUUUUUCUUACUUCCGUAUAGCAGGGACGGCGCUUGGUGAAGAACAUUACGGAAUCAACAGCGCUUGACAUUCUACAGUAUGUUCACUUUAAUGGUGAUUCUCAUAUUGCAUUGAAUGUGUUGUGCGAACAUCGAUUUCCAUAGUGCGUAUGAUUUAUAUAAAUAAAGAAAUGAA